CAUGGCCGCGGCAGUGGCUGGCGGGACGGCUCCGGGCAGGAGAAGUACCGGCUCGUGGUGGUGGGAGGAGGUGGCGUCGGCAGUCGGCGCUCACCAUCCAGUUUAUCCAGUCCUAUUUUGUCACAGAUUAUGAUCCAACAAUUGAAGAUUCAUAUACUAAACAGUGUGUGAUAGAUGAUAGAGCAGCACGGCUUGAUAUUCUGGACACUGCAGGUCAAGAAGAGUUUGGAGCGAUGAGAGAACAAUAUAUGAGGACUGGAGAGGGCUUUUUGCUGGUUUUUUCAGUCACUGAUAAAGGAAGCUUUGAGGAAAUAUAUAAAUUUCAAAGACAGAUUCUCAGAGUAAAGGACCGUGAUGAAUUUCCGAUGAUUUUAGUUGGCAAUAAAGCAGAUCUUGACCAUCAGAGACAGGUUACACAAGAAGAAGGACAGCAACUUGCACGGCAACUCAAGGUGACAUACAUGGAGGCGUCUGCAAAAAUUAGAAUGAAUGUAGACCAAGCUUUCCAUGAACUUGUGCGAGUUAUCAGGAAAUUUCAAGAGCAAGAAUGUCCUCCAUCCCCAGAACCAGCAAGGAAAGAGAAAGACAAGAAAGGCUGCCAUUGUGUCAUUUUUUAAGAAUCCCAUGAAUCUUAGCUGCCAACUGCCAGAAAAAGCCCUUGUCUGCUCCUUUCUUCCCUCCAGUUUACAUCCUGUUGGGUACCUCUUUAGCCUUAUGCAAGCAUGUCCUUGAAAUGGCCACCAUGUUAGCCUUAGUCCAAGAAGCUGGCUAAAUCCUGGCCUAGAAGAUGACAUUGAUGGUGAUGAUGCUGAUGAUUUUAUGCUCAUGUCAGGACAGACUUAAAGAAAACACUAAGGCUGCUUCUCUAAGACCAUCCAAUUACUUUUUUUUUUUUUUUUUUUAAACUAGACACACAUCCACCAUAAUUCUUUUAGGGCUUACACUCAUACUGGGGAUGAAUCAGCCUUGAGUCUCCAGUUGUUUUCCAAAUUGAAAUCAUUGUAUGAAAAAUGAUUAAUUUUUAACUUCUGAGAUCACAUUGCCUACUGUCAUCCUAAAUCAAAACCUAGGGAGUUUUCGUUGUGGUUUUUUGUUUUGUUUUGUUUUGGGAGAAAAUGUGAAUUAGCUUUUUUUGCCCAAGAAAAUAAAAUUUGAUUUCAACUUCAGUUAGCCUUAAACCCACUGAAAUGAGUUAACAAAAACAAGGUGUUUUGGACCUCAUGGAUCACCGUACUUUCUGGUUUCCAGUGGCUAGAAACACUUGACCAUCUACUGUAUUUUUUUCUCUGUAUCCAGAAUAGGGCUCUUACUACUCCUGCCAUUGUUGUUGCUGUAUGGCUAAUAAUAAUGGUAGUGUCCUCAGUGGCCAAAUACCUGGGCUUAUUCUGGAUGUAAGCAUUUCAGUUUCUUAGGGAUCUUUAUCAGCGAUUUAUUUGAGGGGGGAAGGGGUGAAACAAUUAUUUGUGUCUGUCUUUCUUUUCUAGUAUUUCUGGAUAAGGGAUUCAAGAAAACAAACUGUAGUUGUCUUUGUUUUGAUGUAAUAUAAAAAAAAAGGAAUUGAUCUUUCCAGGGUCAGAGAUGAUUAAUGUUUUUGCUAUAUACUUUUAUACAUUAUUUUCUUAUCGAACUAGUUAACAAGUAUUUUUAUAUGUUUGUAAGCCAAUAUGCUUUCACAGCAUAACUUGUGUAUAUGUAAAGAUGAGUAUUUAAUUCUCACAGUUCACGUCUAACUGACACACAGAAGCAAAUGUGGAAGCUGCAGAAACUGUGGUAAAACUUUUUAGUUUUCUGGGCUUUUGCAGAGCCCACUUUUGGCCAGUCACGUCCCUGCCCAAGAUACUGUCACAGGUACAACUCCCCAGGAUGUAGAUCUCAAAAUCACUUUCGGUAGCCCUUACUGGAGACUGACCAUUUACAUGAAGUAUUAAACUGUACAACUCUUAACUGACUCUUUGUUUAACUGUGGAUGGCUUCUGGUUUUUUUUUUUUGUUUGUUUGUUUGUUUUUUUUUAAGUUUCGUGGAUUGUGUUUAAACAAUUCAAGACUGUGCUCACCCUAAUUUUGAGAUGCUAAGUGGUGGUAUUGCACAAUCACCACUAUACCGAAUGUGUACAACAGUCCCACAAAAUUGAUAAAGUAAAGUAUAUGCCCUUGUAGAGCUUUGGGUGCUAGAAUUAAAGAGAAUCUGUUAUGACAAGG